AUGCCCGGCCAGAGGGAGGCGCAUUACGAGUUGCCUGGAGUGGCGGAGUCCGCGCGUGUCACGCGCGCGACGCGCACGGAAUCAGAUCGCGCGCCCUGGGCCCGCCGCGAACUCGAUAUAUUUGGUGCAUGCGCCGGGCUGCCUUCAGCAGUCGCAGCGCAGCAUCAUCUCGCCGUUCUCGAGCCGCAGACCGCGGCAGACGCAGGCCUGUUGUUUUAUAUCGAGUCCGUGACGGAAAACAAACGGGCCUGA